AUGUGGGAGUCGGAAGAGAGCUCCAUGCGACCGUGGCGUUUCAAUCGACUCUGGGCAACCCGGUAUUGCGACUACAAGCCAAUUACAUCAACAAGUGCCUCGAAUCAAGAAACGAAAGAGUCUCCUAAUGAACAAAAUCCCGAGAGUGACUUCAAGACAAUAUACAACGACUUUGAAUCUUUUCGAGCAGCCGUUGACCGUGCAAUAGCGCGGGAUCCUUAUGGAACACUGUUCGGAAGACGCCUGCAGAGUCCCCCGUCGUCGAAUAAUUCAUCAUGGACUUCGUUCUCUUGGUUUACUGACCCCAAAGAGAUCAAAACUGAUACAGAUGUCUCGUCCCAGCAGUCCAAGCCAGCCGAGACCACAGACACGUCGACCGAAAAGCCAGUCGCAGCUACCUCCACAACUUUCGCACAACAGACUCCGAAAGAGACCACCAUGAUUUAUAGUGAGGAGGCAUAUGAGUACGACCCAAUCACCAUGAGGAAGGUACCGACGAAGAAGCACAUGUUGGAAGAUGAACUGAACAUGCAACCUGCGUCACCUGAGCCGGGGAAGCGGUCUCCUUCUCCCAAGCCAAAAACGCAAAGUUCAGCCCCGGAGCCGGCGAAAGACCCAGCAGCUUCAGAAGCAAAAUCGUGGUCAUCACCGCCCGAACCAACAAAGCAAUCGUCAGAGAGCCAGCUAAAGCAGCCUUUUCUCCGGAGCAUGUUCUUUCAAGAGCACGGAGUUGAGAUACCCGUGAAGACCUUCAGCUCUCAUAAAGUGUAUGGCUAUGGGAAUUCGGAUACCAAAGCCACUGAAACGCUUACGGAAAUAGAGUCAAACCGAACGCGCAGAGGGUUUGAUAAUUCUAGGAAGCAUCAGUUGCGAGACUUGAUGAAGCGAGCCAAAGGCAACACCAUCGACACAACUGCCUUGUUCACGGAAUCCGGCUCGCGAAGUGAGCCCGAACCUGUGGCCGGGCCCUUUACUGAUGGAGCUAGAGCCUCAAAGAAACCACGGGAGUCACCCGAGCCUGAUGACACGCUUCCGCUCUUCUCGGGCACCACUUAUGAAGCCAGAGCCAUCAGACAAGCACGGGCUAAUCCUUCAGAUUGGCUAGCCAAGGAAGGCUUUAGGCAGCCUGCUAACGAGACUGUGAGCUCGGAAUCCACAGGAGAGACUGCAGUCGAUAGUCCCUUCAAGGAGUCAAACCCUAGGCUUGAGACGGCACUUGACCGAGCCCAGCCGUGCGCGGCUCAAGCCGUCGAGAAAUCGGCCAGACUGCAGACCUCCCUAGAUCGUCAAGUGUCCGCCGCCAGAAGGCAAUCACCUUCAACGGAGAAAUCAACGGAGAAAGGGACAGAUGUAGACAGAGCGGCAGCCAUCCCGGAAACCGGUGGACCAAGGCAGAUCAAAGCAUCAAACUUCGAAUCAGAAUCUGAUGCGAGGCAAACCAAAGCGGCAGACAAGACAGACUUCGUACAUGCAACACCGAAGACCCAAGUCUCGGCAACGAAAUUGACCAAGACUAUCAACAAUGUUUUGGACCAUAUACGGGAGCACCCCGACGGCAUCGUCGCCAAGACGAUGAAGUCCAUGACCAAUCUUAACGAGAACUACAAGAAGUAUAUUCGUUCUGACGCAGUAAAAGGUUUGACCGAAAAGCUCAUCUUCAGAGACGAGUCGUUGAGCAAGACUCCGUCCAUCUACAACCGGCCUGCGAAAAGCCUGGACGUGAAGCCGUUCACUCCCUCUCAUGACGCACUCGAGACCGACAGAGAACAGCAGGAACGCACAGCUAGCUUGCGGACGGCGACUGAAAAAGCCAAAGACGACGCAGACGUCCAGAAUGCUCAGAUCUCGCGACUGGCCACGGAGAUAAAGGCAGUUUAUGAGAGCGAGUAUGGGACGAUAGACCCCAAUCACAGGCAGUCCGCACCGGACCCGGCAAUGGAUGCCAGCGAAGUGGUAGGUGCACCUUCUGACCCCGUAUCCAGCCAGGUUGACGGAUCCAAGGCUCAUCCGCUCUCGACUGCGAGCCUAAAACCUGGCAUUGUAACCAAUCCGGUCAUUGAUGCGCAUAUCACUAAAUUCGAGCCGAAGCUCGCCGAGCUUGUGGACGAUGCCAAACAGAUCCGUGCUCAACUUCGUGAAAUCAGCACCCAAGCUCAAGAGCUUGGGAAGACAGUACCAUCGACAACAGCAGAAGCAAAUGAACCAACGAACGAGGUCAAACCGCCCCCUUCGAAACUGAGUGAAGUUAUCCAAGCAACAAAAGAGGUGAGGAGAGUUCUACACGAGACUAAGAACGCCAUAAGAUCCAUCGAGACAAGAAGACCAGACAUUGCCUGGAAGACACCCCAGCUAUCUGGAUCCGACUUCGGCAAAAAGAGAAUCGAUGUUAAAGCCCAAAAAGCUGGUGAACUCGACUCAUCAGAGGCGCCUGUUGAGAAAGAUACGGAGGUCGUGCCAGGGGUCCAUUCACCGUCGCAGAAUCCGGAAGAGAAUGACCAGAAGGUCGUACCUGAACCGGUUCACACCCCGUCAGGAUCGCCUACCUGGAAUGACGAGCAGAUCCCACCAAUUGAAAGCCUUCGAGACGUCCAGUUCGAUUCGCCGUAUCUUGUUCUUUCAUAUAACUCAUCCACUGGGAAAGUGAAUUGCUCAACACUGGAUCAGCCAGCUGCGGAAACCAGCAAAUCUAGUAACAUGGUUCAGAUCCUAGGGAGGCUUGAGAAUGCGCCCGAGUUUCUCAAGCACUUCCAAGCCAUGCAAGGAGCGGGGUACUCGCUGUAUGAUGGAACCGAGAACACAUUGGUCUUCCGAAAGGAGCAGCCAGAACAAGCUACAGCUUCAGCUGCGCCCAAAACAAUAGCAGACAUGCAACAGGUGGCUGAGCAGGCAACGCCAAGUUUGACCACAGAAAUACCCCCCAAUCAGCCCCUCCACACGGCUGCCACGGUCCUUGAUGAGAUACCUUCUGAUUUAGACCCAUCUCCAGGUCCAGCAGCACCCACCGCGCCUGUCUCUCGUCCGUUGAAAGGCAAGCCGCGAGUGAGGAGGCAGGAGAAGGUGUUCUCUGGGACAAUCCGUCCCAUUGCGGCAUCGGACGAAAAGGCUAAUACGUCUCAAGCUGACAAAGACACUGUCCAGGCACCGAAGGAGAGCUUGUGGAGGCGGCUUGCACGUGGCGUAAAGCGAACUAUGCUGACUGUCGCAGCUCUUGGGGUUGGUGCCUAUACUAUUGGUUUCGUUGCAGAAGGACUAGGCGCCCACUCACAGCAGCAGAAGGGAGUCGAGAAUACAGAAACUCCGGGCCCGAGAAAGAGGAUUGUGAUGACAGGUCAACGACCAGGUAUCUUUAGCACUGAGAGCUCGAGAUGA